GCAACCCUGUGUUAAGUGAAGUGUUAAAUGAAAUAUGACUGCUAUCCUUGUGGCCCACAGUUUCAAACAUGUAGUUUUAAGACAAUAUUUUCAUAACAUUACAAAUUACAAGUAUGAUGUCUAAUACACCAACUAACAGUCGUAAUGGAGCACAAAAAAUUCGAUUGACUGUUCUAUGUGCUAGGAAUUUAGUGAGAAAGGAUUUGUUUCGACUUCCUGAUCCAUUUGCAAAAAUUUCCGUGGAUGGUAGUGGUCAGUGCCAUUCCACAGAAACUGUUAAGAAUACUCUGGACCCAAAAUGGAACUCACAUUAUGACUUGUACAUUGCCAAAACAGAUAAUGUUACCAUUUCGAUAUGGAAUCACCGUAAAGUGCACAAAAAACAAGGAGGCGGCUUUUUGGGAUGUGUGUGUCUUGUUAAUUCUCUAAUACAAAGACUCAAAGAUACUGGUUAUCAAUGUUUGGAUUUGGGUAAGGCUAAUGCAGAAGACAGCGAACCUGUUAGAGGACAAAUAAUCAUUUCAUUACUUUCACGUGAUGGUCCUUGUGGUGGGACACCUUUGGCAAUUGUUGGUCCUUUGGGUGAUCUAAGGGGACCAGUCGAUAGUGAAAGUAAUAAUGUAACCUCCGUUGAUUUGCCUCCUGGAUGGGAGGAAAGAAGAACACCCAAUGGUAGAUUGUACUAUGUCAAUCAUAUUACCAGAUCUACACAGUGGGUGAAACCACAAAUGAGUAAACCCAAACCUAGCAGGAAUCGAAUGAAUAACAACGUCAUUGUUACUGCUGAUAAUAAUAUGGAUAACAGAACUAGCGAAUUUGUCAAUAACAAUCCGGAGAUAUCACAAUCUCCAACAACACCAGGUUCAAGUACUUCUCCAGUGUCUUCAGCUGUUAGUCCCCAAAAGGAGCAAGUAACAUCAAGAAUAAUCCCCAAUAUUCCUCCCACUCCACCGCCGGUAGAAAACGAAACAUUUCCCAUAAUCUCAACUACUUCAACUGCUGUAGUGCCUGCCCCUAAUAAUAAUAGUUGUAAUAUACCUAAUAAUAAUGUGCCUGAUAGUUCAAGUAGCAUCACAGUAAUUCCUACAAGUAUUGUAAAUAAGGUGUCCGAUAGUGUGCAUUUUACACAAGGUGCCGUGAGUUCUCAUACUCCCGAAAGAGCUGUCGCUAGAGAAAGGAGACAGAGAAGUAACGAAGGAAGGAGGGAUGGAAGUGGUAGGAGAAAGCCGGGAAGAAAUAGAAACUCUUUAAAUCACGUGCAAACCGGACCGCCAGGAUUCAGCGAAGGAACAUCACAGAAUGGUCUUGUAGCUGGAGUUAGAAUGGAUCUUCCUUCUGGUUAUGAGUUGCGGACAACACAACAAGGACAAGUCUAUUUUUUCCAUACUCCAACAGGUGUCUCCACUUGGCACGAUCCCAGAAUACCUAAAGACCUAACCCCAUUGAGCCUUGAUCUAGAUCAUCUUGGUCCUCUUCCACCUGGUUGGGAAAUGAGACAGACAAGCUCUGGAAGGAUAUACUUUGUGGACCACAAUAAACGAACUACACAGUUCACCGACCCAAGGUUGAAUUCACAAAUACUCAAUAACAUAUUGAAAAAAGGAAACAUUCCUGUAGGUGCUACCUCUACAACAAAUGCCUCUGCCCCCACAGUUUCUCCAUCAGUUAGUGUUACAGCCACGACCACUGUUGCACCUGUUACCGUCAAUACAGUAUUGCCUCCGUCUCAAAAUAUUGAGCCUUUGUCUCCUAGAACAAGGCUGACUGAAGAUUUGCCUCAAAGUUUGUUGAACGAGUCGGAACAUUUACCUAAAUACAGAAGAGAUUUAGUAGCGAAAUUGAAGGUUUUGCGAGCUGAACUGACUGCUUUACAACCUCAAAGUGGACAUUGUCGACUUGAAGUAUCGAGGAGUGAAGUUUUUGAAGAGAGUUACAGACUAAUCAUGAAAAUGCGACCAAAAGAUAUGCGGAAAAGGUUAAUGGUUAAAUUCCGUGGUGAAGAAGGUUUGGAUUAUGGCGGGAUUGCGAGAGAGUGGUUACACCUUUUGUCAAGAGAAAUGCUAAAUCCCCAAUACGGUUUAUUUCAGUACAGUCGAGAUGAUCAUUAUACUCUUCAAAUCAACCCGGACUCAUCGGUAAACCCCGAACAUCUUUCAUACUUCCAUUUCGUUGGACGAAUACUAGGAGUAGCGGUUUUCCAUAACCAUCAGCUGGAAGGGGGUUUUACUUUACCUUUCUACAAACAGUUGUUGAACAAACCCAUUACUUUACAAGAUAUCGAGGGGGUUGAUCCUGAACUGCACAGAAGCCUUACGUGGAUGUUGGAAAAUAAUAUCAGUGGACUAUUGGAAACAACAUUCUCGGUAGAGAAUAAUAGCUUCGGGGUAGUAAAAGUUCAUGAACUAAAGCCAGGAGGCGCGACAAUAACAGUAACCGAAGACAAUAAACGAGAGUAUGUGAAGCUGUACGUCAAUUAUAGGUUCAUGCGUGGCAUCGAACAACAGUUUCUAGCUCUACAAAAAGGUUUUUCCGAACUGAUUCCGUCAACUGUUCUGAGACCGUUUGAUGAGCGAGAAUUGGAACUUGUCAUAAGUGGUAUCGGUUCAAUUGACAUUGCGGACUGGCAGUCUCACACGAGAUUGAAGCAUUGCACUCCUGAUACACCUGUUGUUCAGUGGUUUUGGCAAGCGGUCGAGUCAUAUUCAGAGGAAAUGAGAGCCAGAUUACUACAGUUCGUCACUGGGAGUUCUAGAGUACCGCUUCAGGGUUUCAAAGCUUUACAAGGGAGUACGGGGGCAGCUGGACCAAGGCUCUUUACUAUUCACUGUGUUGAUGUACCUUUGCAGAAUUUACCCAAAGCACACACUUGUUUUAAUAGGAUAGAUAUACCUCCGUACGAGUGUUAUCAAGUUUUGUUGGAUAAACUCACUCAAGCUGUAGAAGAAACCUGUGGAUUCGCAGUUGAAUGAAUUAAGGUA